ACUGGUCCGAUGGUUUCAAUGUUGAAGGUGAUUUGAGCCGCCAAGCCCUAAAAUGGCGUCAAAGUUCAUUUGGAGACGCGCUGGCGCGUUGGACUUUGACAAGGCGCUAUGACAGUGUACAACAACCCCGUCUUUCUCAACUCCCCAUACCUCAGUACCUCACCUGUACCUCGUCGCCUUCCUCUCACCAAUACUCACGUCUUCGCGCGACUCCUCAACAAUGGAGGAGACUGCGAACGGCGUGGCAGACCCUGCUGUCCAUGCAGCCACCAAACCUCAGUACGCGUUCGAAAAUGACUCGAUGACGUUGUCCGCAUCGUCUUCCACGUCAACCUCUGCGUCCAAAGCCAAGAGAAAGAGAACCAGCCCUCAAGACCAUGCGGUCCUCGAAACUGCCUACCUCAACAACUCCAAACCGGACAAAGGUGAAAGAGCACAGAUAGUGAGUCUGGUCAACAUGACCGAGAAAGAGGUUCAGAUAUGGUUCCAGAAUCGUCGACAAAAUGAUCGUCGAAGAUCAAAACCACUGCAGCCUCAUGAGCUUGUAGCCCAUUUGCAUACGCGUACCGCAAGUCCCAUUCAGGUUCAGCCUACUCCACCUUCGCUUGAAGGAGUACAACCUGCUUCAUUUCUUCGUCCAGCUCUCGUUCGCGCACAGUCAGAUGUCAUUGCUCGCCCUGCCUCAAGGGCUUCCAGCAUUCAUGACCUCCUCAACCCUACCUCGUCAUCCCCGAGUAUUAGUAGUCAAGAAGCCGUUCAUGACAGCCAAGACACAGCUGAGAAGAGCACUCCUCCAUCGAGCUUCGAGGACCAUACCACCGUCACACCAACGGAGGAUAGGGCACAAGAGGUGGACGCUGACCUGUCGAGGAUCCAGGGCGAGGAAGAGAUGGCAAACAGCGAGCACGGAAGUGCGAGAAAGAGAGACCACGAUGAGAUGACUGGCGCAGACACUAAGGGUGUUGAUGCAACCGGAGACCCCACCAAGGCUCCUGCUCGGGUCAAGGAACCUCUUGCAAGAUCUUCCAGUACGGUGCGCCUGGCCAUGACCGUCGACGGAGCGGUGAAGGUCCGAACAAAUGACGAACCGACGCCAUCUCCGGAGAAGCCUCGAACUGCACCUCCAUCAUCGCAAGUCAAGACCAAGAGCGCGCUUGCUCGCAGCAAGAGUGCUAUGAACUCGGUGGAGGUCUUUCGGGAGUCUAGCCAAGGCGCACAGUCAAAAGCUGGUUUCGGACGAUCCCGCGAUGCUCGAACCUGGGAGUUCUAUUGCGACAGCAAUGCCAAAGAUGCUCUUUCGACCCAGGCCGAAGCUGAAACUACAGGGUCGGCUGUUGGUGCCAUCAAUCUUCUCAGAACAAACAGUCUCAAGUCGCGCACAAAAGCUCUCAGUCCGUCGGUGACCAAGACCAACAGUCGGCUGGCACCAUCAUCGAAGGACGACAAACCAAAACUGUCGCGAGCCAAGUCGUCGUUGGGCCGUUUGCAAGGUCUUGAUGGUGCCACGGACGAGAUCAUCAAGAAAGGCAAGCAGUCUGGUCACGCAAGAUCACCGUCAGAUUCGGACAAGGAGAAUUGGGCACCGGGAACGCAACUGUCAGAGCAUGCUCUGCGCAGAACUCAGCCUAGUGGACGUCAGCGACCGAUCUUGCAAGUGAAUGAAGAAAUGAUCUUCCCGGACGCAAGCUCUUCACGAAAGCGUCGUGAUGGAGUGUUGAAUCCACAACGAUCUCCUACCAAAGAGAAGGCCAAGGGUGAUGAUCUGGACUGUGUGAAGAGUCUGUUGUCGUUAAGCCAAGGAGCUUGGAGUUGAGGCGCUGUGUGAUGGCUCAUGAACAACGACGCACAUACGCAUGGAGACGAAGAAUCUUGUUUGAUUAUUAUCAUGAGGGGCUGCCCAGUUUCGAUGAAACAUGAGAUGGCCUUCUCCCUUGGAUGUGAAGAGUAGCAUUCUAGCUGGCCACUGUUCUCAGUCAGUGCCAUAAAGCUAUUGUACGGUUAUUUGGCAUAAUGAAUGCCCUGAAAGUCUCGAUAAGUAACGUUUCUUCCUUCCUACUAGGUGGAUGUCCGCUUAAGACAUUGCCUUCUCCCGUU